CUUCGACGCAGCGCACCCAGGAAGGAGAGUGACCACCGAGCUCCAGGAGGAGAAACCUGUCAGCUUGUGUGGGAGACUUACGGGAAUGCGAAGAAGAGGCCACUGAAAACGACCAGCAGCACCACGUUGAAAGCAGCAAAUAGGCUCGGGAGGAUCCAGGGGAGUGGGGCCUGAGGCGGGCGAUGAGGCUCCUUCAAGAGCGGCAUGGCUGGACGUCCCAUGGCCCAGGGGAGAUUAGGGCUCUCUCCCCACUGCUGGUUCCAGGAUCUCCGUGGCAACAGCAGCCUCAGAAGCCACAGCCCAGGGUGGAGGGAAAGAAGUCCCAGAGUGACAUCACAGAGGCUGAGGAGAAUGGGGGCUAGGGGCUGUUCAGCAGCGCUGUCUGCCACCUGUGACCGUCACUUCCAACAGCAAACCAUACCCCUACUUGUGCUGGGGACUGAGAGGUCCUGCCCCUGCGAGGUUCGAGACUACAUGAGAUUAGAGAAACAGGUGGGGAGAAGGUGGGUGAUGCUACUCACCCUUUCAGGCUCAGUGCUAAUCAAAGCAAACGGUGUUCAUUGCUCUAUCUCCAUUUUUUCCUUGUUGUUGUUACAAAAUUGCACUUUGGGGGAGGAGGCAGCUAAAUCUUCCCUUGUUUCCAGGGUUGGCUUCACAACGCAAUUCUGGUCAAUGGGACAUAAGUGGAUGUCGGAGGGUUUCUAGAAAGGCUUUUGCUUUCCUGAUAACAGGGGGAAAAGACACAGUUGGUGCAGCUUUGCCCCUUUCUUCCUGUUUUGAACCUAGACGUGCUGCCUUGGUCCACCUCGACCCAUUAGGCAAUAAGUCAACAUGGGACACGAACAGAAUGACAAUAAUGACACUGAGUCACUGCCCCAGCCUUGAACUGCCUCCCUCUGAGCUGUUUAUUAUGUGAGAAAAUAACUGGGUUUUCUGUUACAUACAACUGAUAUUUGUCAUUUAUUUUAGUCACUGAGCAUCUGAACCCCUCUGUGUUUGGAGGAUCCCUGAACUAUAAAGUCUUGAUGAAGGGCAAGGACUCUUUCUCCAUCCCAGCUGAACCUGAAAAUGCCAGAUACUUGCAUUCGAAGCCUCUCUUGGAGCUAGCACACAGGCCUGUGACUUGGGCGCCACCAAUUAGCCUCAGAUCUGCUACCACCAACCAACUGAGGAGUCCACUGAGAUGCAGCAACUGUCCUUUUAAAACUUAAGAUCAUGGCCUCCGAUUAGAACCUUCCAACUGCUUCCCUGCCCACUCAGAGUAAAGUUCAAAGUCCUUACCAUGGCCUUCAAGGCCCUCCCUGAUCUGGCCCCACUAACUUUCUGACCUCAUUUCCCAACACUCAGCCCCGUACUCACUCCACACUCGCCAGGCACACUGGCCUCCAUGCUGUUCCUCAAACACACGUGGUAUAGUCCAGUCCUGGGUUCUUCACACUUGCUCUUCUCUUUCCCUGGAAUUCUCUGCCACAUAUAUUCACAGAACUUGCUCCGUCACUUCAUUGUAUUCUUUGUUCCAGCGGUGCCUUCUGCCGUUAUCCACAUGCCUGCAUCUCCAACUGUUUCCUUACGAUAGAUUCCUAACAGUUGGAUUUAGGCCCAAUGAAUGCGAAUAUUGAAAACAUAUUUCAGAGUCGAGUCGUUGCCUUACCCGACUUGGACGUGUCUCUCGCCUGCGUCCACUCUUCGCGUCCUGUCAUUCCAGUCUUGUGCUGCCCAGUGCCCGCCCGCAGGAUGGCCCAUGAGCAGAUCUGCUACUCGGACAAGUACUUCGAUGAGCACCACGAGUACUGGCAUGUCAUGUUACCCAGAGAACUUUCCAAACAAGUACCCAAAACCCAUCUGAUGUCUGAGGAGGAGUGGAGGAGACUUGGGAGUCUAGGCUGGGUUCAUUACACGGUUCAUGAGCCAGAAGCACACCUUCUUUGCUUCAUACGACCUCUUCCAAAAGGUCAACAAAAAUGAAGUAUAUCUGGGGAUCAUCAAUUAAAUCUUUUUCAAAUUUAAUGUAUAUCUGUAUAUAAGGUAGUAUUCAGUGAAUACUUGGAAAAUGUACAGAUCGUUCAUCCAUAUCUGUGCAUGAGCUGUAUUCUUCACAGCAACAGAGCUCAGUUAAAUGCAACUGCAAGUAGGUUAACUAUAAGGUGGUUAAGAUAAAAUUUCUUCUAGUCAGUUUUUCUCUUAAUAUAAGUGCCUGUUUGACUUUACCUGUUACUUUUG